UAAGUUAUUCUUUGACCACAAACCUUUUAAAGUUGGUAGGCAACAGAGACACUGCUGUCCUCCUAUCAUUAGAAACCAUCCAGUCUCAGACCAUGUUAUCAUUCUAGCUUAAAACCAUUCUGCUACCGGCUUUCAUCCUGACAUAGAGAACAUUUUAGUGCUUCUUAUACGGAAAAAGCAGCCACCAGAUGUGGUUCAGCUAUGUUGUAUUAUCUUCUGGUCGAAUUUUUAAUUAGAGGAGUUGUUUAAUGUUAGUCUAGGUUUGCAUAGUUUGGCCGUGUGCUCUGCAUGGUGCAUUGCUGCAGUUUCAAUGAUCAUUCUAAGAAUCAUUAGAGUCAGCGACUAUAGAUGUACUACCUGCUUGAUCUGUCUUUCUGAAUUGCCGCUGUUUCUUUGAGAUGAAUUCCAGUUAGCCUGUCUAUGAGAACUUAAACAGAAUGAGCUUCUUUUGAACCUUGAUCAUCUUUCAAGGUUUGAGGCUACACUUACAUGAUACAAGCAGUCUUGCUAAAAGAAAGAAGACAGAUCUGCAGUGAGUCAAAAUUGUACUUUAUGGUGGACCCAAGGAUGCUCAAACUGUGGCUUGGUAUAAUUAUAUUGUUCAUCACCUGUCCCUCCAUUGCAGCAGGAGCAUUUGUUGGUUUUAACAUUGGCACCGACCUUUCAAACCUACCAUCAGCAACUAAUGUGGUUGCCAUCUUAAAAGCCCAUCAAAUAACUCAUGUCCGCUUGUUUGAUGCUGAUGCUCACAUGUUGACUGCUCUCGCGGAUACUGGUAUUGAGGUCAUGGUUAGCGUCACAAACGAGGAGAUUCUGGGGAUUGGUCAAUCUCCAUCUGUGGCAGCAGCCUGGGUGAAUAAGAAUGUUGCUGCUUUCGUUCCCUCAACCAAUAUUACAGCUAUUGCUGUGGGCAGUGAGGUUCUAACUACCAUUCCUAAUGCUGCCCGUAUUUUAGUUCCUUCCAUGAAUUAUCUUCAGAAAGCUUUGGUUGCUUCUAACUUAAAUGAUCAGAUUAAAGUUUCAACCCCACAAUCAAUGGAUGUAAUCCCUAGGCCCUUUCCUCCAUCAACUGCAGCAUUCAAUUCCACAUGGAACUCCACAAUUUUUCAGAUGCUUCAGUUUUUGAAAAAUACUAAUUCCUAUUACAUGUUGAAUGCCUAUCCUUAUUAUGGAUAUGUUAAUAGCAACGGCAUCUUUCCAAUUGAUUAUGCUCUUUUCCGACCACUUUCCUCAGUUAAAGAAAUUGUUGAUCCAAAUACCCUUUUGCAUUACGACAGCAUGUUUGAUGCUAUGGUGGAUGCUACCUAUAACUCCAUUGCAGCAUUCAAUAUCUCAGGCAUCCCAGUUGUUGUGACAGAAACUGGCUGGCCAUGGCUUGGUGGUGCCAACGAACAAGAUGCCACGGUAGGAAACGCUGAAACUUUUAAUAAUAACUUAAUCCGGCGUGUAUCAAAUGAUUCUGGUCCUCCUAGUCAGCCAGACAUUCCCAUAAACACUUACAUCUAUGAAUUGUUCAAUGAGGACAAAAGGCCAGGGCCUAUUUCAGAGAGGAACUGGGGAAUCUUUUUUCCCAAUGGAAGCACGGUAUAUCCAAUUAGUUUAAGUAGUUCAGUUAAUGUCAGUACAAAUUCUUCAGGUGUAUUUUGCAUAGCUAAACAAGAUGCUGAUUCCAAGAAGCUGCAAAAUGGACUUAAUUAUGCUUGUGGACAAGGCCAGGCUAACUGCUCAGCCCUUCAGACAGGGCAGCCUUGUUAUUUCCCUGAUACUUUGCAAAGUCAUGCUUCUUAUGCCUAUAAUGAUUAUUAUCAGAAAAUGCACACCUUUGGUGGAACCUGUGACUUUGAUGGUACAGCAACAACUACAAGUCAAGAUCCAAGCUAUGGAUCCUGUAAAUUUACUGGAAGUUCAAGUACAAGUGGUAGUGGCCUAUUUCCGCCUCCGGCAUUGGGACCUGUAGGUCCAUCCUCACAAGGCUCAAGCGUUCAAGUGUUCAGUUUUGGCUUUCUGUUGGUUGUAUUUUUGUCUGUGGUCAUGGCUGAUGUUAGUAUUUCCAUGAGUUUGUAGCAUCAUUAAGCACAGAAAUUGUACUCAGAUGACAAUGCAAGGGAAAAUUUAUCAAUUUUUGAGUGUGUAGAUGAUUGACAUAUUCUUUAUUUUGCACCAUCAAAUUGUUUCUCCCAUGUUAAGUGAUUCAGUUA